CCCCAGAUCGCGUCCGGUGCAUGUGCGUUUCGUGAAUGUUACUUUGUUUUGGGAAAAGACUAUCGAAGAGGGUCAUAGAUUCCGAGUAUAAACUAAUUUUUAUUGGUGUUCCUUUUAAAUUGAAAUCAGCGUUGAACUAAUGAGUUGAGUUGGCGCACAAAUUUGUAGUGAGAAAGAUGACAGUCAAAAAUACGAAGAUUCUCGUAGAACUCGUAUAAAUUUUUAACGUUGUCCAUAAUUCAACGCAAUUCUACAAAGAUUUACACCAUUGAAGUUUACCAAAAGAGGCGCCGAGCAAAAAUCUCAGACAGGAUCAAUCCUCAUCAUAUAUCAACCAAACUGUGUUCCCGUGGUCUUUAUACUUCUCACAUCCGCAGACACUUGUUACACGGGAGUAGUAUCGUUAUCAGUGUCAACAAAACAAACUCCUGAUACCCGAACGUCUGCUGCUCAGUGAUGAUGUGCAUCGGUCUGUCAACAAAGAAAACUUUCCGUAUUAACACCCCCACACAAAGCCACCCUAUGAUACGUUUCCCACCGAAAAACAACACUCUAAAGCUCUAGGGUGUAACCUGGAUCUGUAAUUUAAUUAUAAAAGAGAUAAAGGCGUGAAAAUCACUGCCACAUAUGCUGCGGAGGGCGCCAAGUGAAGUGCUUGCUUCUCGCGAGCAACUUUUCCUGCUAGCCGAGUCCGUGUGAGGGAUUAUUUUUCAACUGUGCUCAGAGCAGAACACUGUAAUGCGGUUGCUAAUGAUGACACCGUGAUGUGUGAGAGAUUUGACGAAGCGGUUGACUUGCUGCCUGGCUGUAUUAUCCUAAGUGUUGUCGUAUUCACGAUUCGUGUGCUUGCCUGGUGAGAAGAUAAUUGCUGGAAAAAGGGGGACAAAAUGGGCACGGAAGAAAAAUGCCACGAAUUGGAGGAGCGAAAGAACAGUACAAACCAUGUCGCUAGUGAUUUAGAACAGCGACUAGAUCCGGAGGAUGAUUGCACGAAACAAUAUGAAGAUUCGAAGAACAGUGAGAAAACAAACAAUGGACCCGAGUUUCAAAGGAUGCUGCCCGAUGAUUUGGAUGAGAUGUUCAAGGACAUGCCACAGACGGAAGAUACGACCUGUGGAUAUUGGAUAUUCAAGGGAGACUUUUUACAAAAGUUUGCCAAUAAAAAAGCCUACGUCUUCAUGUAUGGUGUAGUCGGGUGCAUAUUUUCUGCGACCUAUGCAUACUUCAAUGGUACAAUCACAACGCUGGAGAAACGAUACAAAAUUCCUAGUAAAAACACCGGUAUUAUUUCGGUGGGAAACGACAUCAGCUCCCUGUUUCUAUCGGCCAUCCUCAGCUACUACGCCGGCAAAGGUCACCGCCCCCGGUGGAUCGCAUUCGGAUUGUUUACAAUAGUACUAUUUUGCUGGUUAACUGCUUUGCCACAUUUGUUGUACGGUCCGGGCGAAGCGGCUCUAUCACUGACCACCGAAUACGGAGCGACGUAUGACGAGCAUCAAACCAGAGAGGUUUUAGAAGCGCAGAAAGCAAAAACACUUUGUCGGAGCAAUGGUACCCGGGGGGCAGAUUGUGAAACCGAAGAGGGAAACUUCGCACCCCAAGCGGUACUAUUCCUGGCUCAGUUUAUCUCCGGCAUCGGCAGUUCACUCUAUUAUACGCUGGGCGUAUCCUACAUGGAUGAUAACAUUAAAAAGUCUAAAACUCCAGCCCUGGUUAGUGUUUCCUAUUUCCUCCGAAUGCUCGGUCCAGCCAUCGGAUACACUUUGGCGUCGUAUUGUUUGAAGCUGUACAUCUCCCCAACGAUGACACCAACAAUAACCAAUAAGGAUCCGCGAUGGUUGGGAGCUUGGUGGAUUGGCUGGUUGGUGCUUGGAGGAAUUCUAGGGUUUUUCGCAUUUUUCAUGGGAAUGUUCCCCAAACAAUUGCCGAGAGCUGCCGUCCGCAAACGAAUCGCCGCUGAAAAACAAAAACUUGGCAUGAAGCUAAGUGAGGCGAAGAAGGAAGACGAACUGCCAGCAUCCUUGAAAGACAUGAUCAAAACAUUCAAACGGCUGCUGAAGAACAAAAUUCUAAUGCUGAACAAUAUCGCGUCGGUAUUUUAUUUCUUCGGUUAUAUGCCUUACUGGAUAUUCACACCAAAAUAUAUCGAGACGCAGUACAAACAGUCGGCAUCAACGUCCAGUCUGGUGACCGGAACCGUGGCGUUGGUCUUCUCUGCCAUUGGAGUGCUUCUCUCGGGAAUUGUGAUCUCCAAGUAUAAACCUCGAGCACGGUAUAUGGCGGCGUGGAAUAUACUGGUAGGAGCUCUGUCGGUGAUGGGUAUGGUGAUGUACGCUUUUCUAGGAUGUUCAGCCAGUGAGAACUCAGUGAUUGUGAAUCAUUCGUCUCCCACUGAUCUAACACCCACAUGUAAUUCGGCAUGUCACUGUGAUUAUGUAAAAUAUUCGCCGAUUUGUGGUGAAGAUGGUAACACAUAUAUUUCUGCAUGUCAUGCUGGAUGCAAACAGCAGUAUCAAAUUGCUGAUCUUAAGACAUUUGACGAGUGUUCAUGCAUAUCGAGAAGAAACGAAUCGGACAAUCCUGUUUUCAAGAAUCUGCGCUCAUUCAACGAUAGCUCUGAUUUUAAAUACUCACUUACUUACGAUAGAUCAACAUUCCGAGGUGGCAAAGCGAUCGCCGGUCCUUGUCCGUUGGAUUGCAAGCGGGAGUUCAUAACGUUCCUGGUGGUGAUGUGCUUCCUCAAAUUCUCUGGCGCAACGGGUCGAGCCAGCAAUUUCCUGGUGUCGGUACGUUGUGUCGACGAGAAGGACAAAACCGUUUCGAUGGGUUUCGGGAUGAUGUUGCUCAGUUUGAUGUCCUUCAUUCCAAGUCCGAUAUUUUUCGGACUGGUGUUGGAUAAAACGUGCCUCGUGUGGGGCAAAACAUGCUCAGGCAAAGGAAACUGUUGGCUGUAUGAUGGGGAAACGCUUAGGUAUCUAUUGAACUUCAUUGCCGCGGGUUUUGUGCUGUUAGGAACACUGUUCGAUUGUGGUGUCUGGUAUUACGUGAAGGAUUUGAAGAUAUUCGAUGAUGAAGUAAAGGAAAAGGAAAUCGACUUAGCGGAGAGGGAAGAGGGAGCUACCACUGAUCGACCAUCGUAGCAAAAGUGAACAGAAGUGCCAUUUGUUACCAGCUAGUGAUAGCACAAUUCCAAAGAACCAUGUUGUUUAUUUUAAUUUAACAAAUGACAUUAAAUUGCAACUGUCAAGGAUUAA